UUAAUUAUUUGAAUCGAUCUUGCCAAGAGUUAUCAAGAAAAAGUGAAAACUAUACUUACUACCGUCUCCCAACGUGGUAUCUAUUUUGCCGUUUUCUUGGUUUUGAUCAAAGGAGAAAGCGGGUACAUUCCAAUUUUUAGACGGCAUUGGAGAAACCAAAGGCAGGGGAAACUGCAAGCGACCAGCCACAGGGAGGGAAUUUUCUUCACCGUUUUUUUUGCUAAACCGCCGUGGGGUGCCACUGGAUUGAUGGAAUUGAACAUUCUUAGGUGCUCGCACGGCAGGAGUCUCUUUAGAGUCUUCAAGCCCUUCCCUCUUUCUCUAAAACCGAGUAUUUCCAAGCCCCACCACAUGCCAAUACAAAACGUUGGUGGAGGCUCAUUUAAUAGAGCUUAUGAUGCAUUGCUUUUGGAUGCUGGAGGAACACUACUGCAGUUGGCAAAGCCAGUUGAAGAGACUUACGCAUCCAUUGGCUCCAAAUAUGGUCUAAAUAGCACUCCUGCUGAGAUAAAGCAAGGAUUUAGGAGAGCAUUUUCUGGUCCGUGGCCUCAAAAGUUACGUUACAAGGGAGAUGGAAGGCCAUUUUGGAAACUUGUCGUUUCAGAAGCCACUGGCUGUUCUGAUGAUAGUUACUUUGAAGAAGUUUAUCAGUACUAUGCAAAUGGGGAAGCAUGGCACCUUCCAGAUGGAGCUUAUGCAACCCUGGGUGUUUUGAAAGAUGCUGGAGUUAGGUUGGCAGUUGUGUCCAAUUUUGACACUCGGUUAAGGAAGCUGUUGAAGGAUCUAAGUGUCUUAGAUAUGUUUGAUGCUGUUAUAAUAUCGGCAGAAGUUGGAUAUGAAAAACCAGAUGGAGAAAUAUUUGAAGCUGCAUUAGAUCAACUUGGAGUGAGAUCUGACAAAGCUGUGCAUGUUGGAGAUGACCAGAAGGCAGAUAAGGAGGGAGCCAAUGCCGUUGGAAUAGAUUGUUGGCUAUGGGGAAGCGAUGUGAUGACGUUUGAAGACAUUGAAAAUCAAAUCCUCGUUUGAGCCUCGGGCUUCUAAGCACAGCUGAUAUUGUACUUCAUUUCUUCCUAUGGGAGAGAGGUGAAUCUGUACUGGGUUGUUCUCAACUCUCUCCUUCCAUUUUGGGGUCUUUGUUCAUUGCUGCGAAAACUCUGAUGGUACUCACAUUUUCUGAAAUAAUUUAGGUUGGAAUUGUUGGUGGUUUGGAAAUUAAAGGGACCGCACUCUCCUAAUAUGAAUGGAUAAAUUUCUAUCAGAUUUUGAGUUGAAACUCUACAUUAUGUAGGAGCAUAUAUGUUUACCAUACUUGAUAUAUUACAAAGUUAAUUUAUUUAAACUCCAUUUAAUACUUUUGUAAA